UUACUUUUUUUCCAGCCCUCGCUACUUACGGGAAACGUGCUCGCCUGACGAAAUUUUGCUUUUUAAUUUGACAUUGUGCAAUUAAAGUAAAUACCGAAAAUGCUGCGUGUUCCUAGUUUGUUGCCACGUCUCGCACGCCAAGCCGGCGUUGUGCCCACAAAUGCAUCGGGAGCUUCUAGCAUCUUCCGCAGCCUGCCAGGUGCAAGCAAUGGACUGUGGGGUCAGCAGCGUUACAAGUCUGGCGAGGUCAAGGGUGCAGUUAUUGGCAUCGAUUUGGGCACCACCAACUCCUGCCUGGCCGUCAUGGAGGGCAAGCAGGCAAAGGUCAUUGAGAACGCCGAGGGAGCCCGCACCACGCCCUCCCACGUCGCCUUCACCAAGGAUGGCGAACGCCUGGUGGGCAUGCCAGCCAAGCGUCAGGCUGUGACCAACUCUGAAAACACCUUCUACGCCACAAAGCGCCUGAUUGGCAGACGUUUUGACGAUCCCGAGGUGAAGAAGGACAUCAGCAAUCUGUCCUACAAGGUUGUCAAGGCUUCGAAUGGAGAUGCCUGGGUGUCGUCCACCGAUGGCAAAGUGUACUCCCCCUCACAGAUUGGCGCAUUCGUCCUAAUCAAGAUGAAAGAGACGGCCGAGGCCUACUUGAAUACACCUGUAAGGAACGCCGUGGUGACUGUGCCCGCCUACUUCAAUGACUCGCAGCGUCAGGCCACCAAGGAUGCCGGACAGAUUGCCGGUCUUAAUGUUUUGCGUGUGAUCAACGAGCCCACAGCAGCGGCCCUGGCCUACGGCAUGGAUAAGACGGAGGACAAAAUCAUUGCCGUUUACGAUCUGGGAGGCGGCACUUUCGAUAUCUCCAUUCUGGAAAUCCAGAAGGGAGUCUUCGAGGUCAAGUCAACCAACGGCGACACCCUGCUGGGUGGUGAGGAUUUCGAUAACCACAUCGUCAACUUCCUGGUGGCCGAAUUCAAGAAGGAUACCGGCAUUGACAUCCGCAAGGACAACAUUGCCAUGCAGCGCCUGAAGGAGGCGGCCGAAAAAGCUAAGUGCGAGCUAUCCUCCUCCCAGCAGACCGACAUCAAUCUGCCCUACCUGACAAUGGACUCUGCCGGUCCCCAGCACAUGAACCUGAAGAUGACACGCUCCAAGUUGGAGAGCCUUGUGGGUGAUCUCAUCAAGCGCACCAUUCAGCCCUGCCAGAAGGCACUGUCCGAUGCCGAGGUGGCCAAGUCAGAGAUUGGAGAGGUCCUGUUGGUUGGUGGCAUGACCCGCAUGCCCAAGGUUCAGUCCACCGUGCAGGAACUGUUCGGACGUCAGCCAUCGCGCUCCGUCAAUCCCGAUGAGGCGGUGGCCGUCGGUGCAGCCGUUCAGGGCGGAGUCUUGGCUGGUGAUGUCACUGAUGUGCUCCUGCUCGAUGUCACUCCCCUGUCGCUGGGCAUUGAGACCCUUGGCGGAGUGUUCACUCGCCUGAUUUCGCGCAACACCACGAUCCCCACCAAGAAGUCGCAGGUCUUCUCGACAGCCAGCGAUGGCCAGACCCAGGUGGAGAUCAAGGUGCACCAGGGAGAGCGUGAGAUGGCCAACGACAACAAGAAGCUGGGCUCCUUCACACUGGUCGGCAUCCCACCCGCACCCCGCGGAGUGCCCCAGAUCGAAGUGGUCUUCGAUAUCGAUGCCAACGGCAUUGUGCACGUUUCGGCCAAGGACAAGGGCACCGGCAAGGAGCAACAGAUUGUCAUCCAGUCGAGCGGCGGUCUGAGCAAGGACGAAAUCGAGAACAUGAUCAAGAAGGCCGAGGAAUACGCCAGCGCCGACAAGAUCAAGCGCGAACUGAUCGAGAUCGUCAACCAGGGCGAGAGCAUAGUGCACGACACUGAGACCAAGAUGGAGGAGUUCAAGAGCCAGUUGCCCGCAGAGGAGUGCGAGAAGCUGAAGAAGGAGAUUGCCGAUCUGCGCACGUUGCUGGCCAACAAGGAAACCGCCGACUUGGAGGAGGUCAGGAAGGCCACCAGCUCGCUGCAGCAGGCUUCGUUGAAGCUCUUCGAGAUGGCCUACAAGAAGAUGUCCGCUGAGCGCGAGAGCAAUGCUGGCGCCGGAUCCACCGACAGCAGCAGUUCAGGCAGCGACGCUUCUGGCGAGAAAAAGAAGGAAGACAAGAACUAAAUUAGGCAACCAUAGUCAUAGUUGUUGUUCUCUUAUUUAAUGAUAGCCUUCCCUGGAUUUUUAUUAAGAUUUACGUUUAACAUAGUUACAUCAUAUUCCUUUUCCAAAUCAUAAACCACAAUCACACGUGAACAACCGGCAUAGCGUUUACCCAAAAAUGUGAAAGAAGUGACAGAACCCAGAAAACGAAGACCAUCCCAUCCGAUCCCAUCCAGAAAUGGGAGCCAGCGAUCAAUUACAUAAAGUUUUUAUUGUUUAUUAUGGAACCGAUCGAUGGAGCUCUCCUCCCCAUGUGGAGCUGCGCUGUCCUUUCAGUGCGUGGCCAGUGCGGUGCUGUGUUCCCUGUAAGAUUUCGCUUAUUUUUACGUUUACUCUAACUAAAUUCUAGUUGUACGAUAAGGAGCACAGCACAAAUGCGGCCGGAAAACGGCCACGCGACUGAAUAAGCUUUACGGACACGGACACGCCUACUUCAAGCUACAUUUGGUCGUUGGUUUCCAGUGGACAACCAAUCGACACUGGGUAAAAUGCAAUUAAAUUUAACAAUCGAUGUAAACUUAAAAUACAAAACAAAUAUUUACAAUCUA